AUGGCCAAUACAACUCCACUUCUCUCCCAACCCAACUCAGCCGAGUCAGAAAGCACCCCUCCACCUAUAGAGAAACACCAUCCAUCCCUUGAUUCCUCCAUUGAAAGGUAUAUAGGAGAUUUUGGGUGGGCCCAAUUCUUCCAAAUCCUACUUUUAUCCUUUGCAUGGCUAUUUGACGCGCAACAAACAUUCAUUAGUGUCUUCACUGAUGCAUACCCAACAUGGCACUGUACUAGUCAUCAACUUGGUUGCAACUCAGUCUCCAAUAUAUGCUAUAUUCCAAAAAAUUCAUGGGCAUGGGAUUGGCCUUCCUAUACAUCAAUCAUAUCGGAAUGGAACUUACAGUGUUCUUCUUCCAUUAUCACUGGCUUGCCCGCAUCGUCUUUCUUCAUGGGUUGCGUAGUGGGUGGACUCGUUCUUGCCACACUUGCUGAUUCCUCACUUGGUCGCAAAAACAUGCUCUUUCUCUCAUGCCUAACUAUGUCUCUAUCUUCUUUGCUUACUGUCUUCUCCACCAACAUAUGGGCUUACUCAGCUUUAAGAUUGGUUUGUGGGUUUGGCCGUGCAACAAUUGGAACUUGUGCACUUGUGUUAACAAUUGAGCUUGUGGGAAAAAGGUGGCGAGGCCAAGUGGGUGUGAUAGGAUUCUUUUUUUUCACAAUAGGGUUUUUAUCACUACCAGCUAUAGCAUAUUGGAAUAAAGGCUCAUCUUGGAGAUCUCUUUAUUUAUGGACUUCUAUCCCCGGAAUCUUGUAUUCUAUGUUAGUUCACUUCUUUGUUUGUGAGUCACCCAGAUGGCUAUUUGUUCAUGGACGUAAAGAAGAAGCAGUGGCCAUAUUGAAAAGCAUUGCACCACCAAGCCAUAGUGGUGGUUCAACCUUGAGCUUCUCUGAGGUUUCGUUUGAGCAAGUAACUUGGCAUAAUGGGAAUGUUUACUCAGCUAUCACAAUGUUGAUGCAGAAAAAAUGGGCCUUUAAAAGGUUGUCACCGGUUAUGGUGAUAGCUUUUGGGAUUGGAAUGGUGUACUAUGGCAUGCCAUUAGGCCUAGGAAACUUGCCAUUCAAUCUCUACUUGAGUGUCACAUUCAAUGCCUUAUCUGAGAUACCAUCUUCAUUGUUCACUAUCUUGCUUAUAGGUAAGUUGAACAGAAAAUUUUCUGUGCUUGCUUUCACUACCAUUAGUGGGAUUUUCAGUAUCAUGUGUGCUUUAAAAGGUAAGGAGUGCACAAGAUUGCAGAUUGGGUUUGAGCUAGUAUCUUUCUUUAGUGCUUGUUCUGCGUUCAGUAUAUUACUCAUAUUCACAAUAGAGUUGUUCCCUACUUCUGUGAGGAACUCAGCUACUUCGUUGGUGAGACAAGCACUUGUGUUUGGUGGUGUAUUUAGUCCGAUGCUAGUGGCUGCUGAGAGAAGAAAUGGAAUUUCAUCCUAUAUGGUGUUUGGGUUGGUUAUAGGGUGUUGUGGACUGUUUGCAGCAUGUUUACCAGAGACAAGGGGUAGAGCACUUUGUGAUACUAUGGAUGAGGAAGAACGCAGAGAAAGUAGCCUGCAAUGUGGCGGUGAUGUCUUAGCUUAA